AUGUCUCCCAUCCUCACCUUUCUCGCUCUCUUGCUUGCGAGCCUCACCGCCGGCCUACCGAUUCACCAAAGCUCGCAAAACACCACAACCCACCUGGACCCUGUAGCAUCUGGCAUCUCAACUCAUGCUCUGGCGAAGCGCACAACCGCCAACCCACCCUUCGACCCAUGGAACAAGGACAAACCCGAGCAUCGUGCCGACGACGAGUUCGAAGGCGACAUCUUCCGCCUCUCGAAGUGCUACUGCAUCGACACGCCCUCCAGAGACCUGCCUGCAGUCUACGGUCAAUUCUACGGCAGCUACUACGGUUACGAUUACUACAAUUACCACCAGAACAAAAGCUACGCCUUCAACAUGACGUGUGCGAGCGGCGAAUUGGAAUCCCUCAAUAAUAAUCUAAACAGAUUCGAUUACGAGCGCUAUCUCCUAGCGCCAAAAUGCCUUAGCUGGAUGGAGGAGGAGAGGAAACAAUGUUGGUCCACAGGUGAUGGGAAUGAGUUUUGCGCCGAGGCCAUGCAUGGGAAAGAUAACUAUUACUGGAAUGGGCAGAAGAGGAAGGUGCAUGCUCAUCCCUCGGCGAUUGGUACAAUUAAGAUGGACGCGGCGCCGUUGGUGGCUGAGUGUCAGCGGAUGUGUCAGACUGUUCCGGCGAGAACGGAAGGGUAUAUGCAGGAUACACUUGUAUCGGAUUAUGAGCACAAGAUCAACCUGGCGACGGCAACGACAUGUUCUGGUUCAAGCGGUGUUGGUAUGGGUCUUCUUUGCGAAGGAAAAAACAAGGUGGUACCCAAAGUGUGGGAUUUUUGGAAUUAUAUCGAGACGUACAGUGAUCAGGCGGAUAUGUGUAAAGGAUGUGCUUAG